AUGGCCGUUUCAGUGCCGUUUCAGUUUCGGCCUCUCCUGUUCCUUCUUCUUCUCUCCGGAGCAGUUUACUCGUCUUCUUCAGAGUACUUAAUCGGCGUCGGAAGCUAUGACAUCACCGGCCCCGCCGCUGACGUCAACAUGAUGGGCUACGCGAACACCGACCAAAUCGCGUCCGGGGUUCAUUUCCGUCUCCGAGCUCGCGCCUUCAUCGUCGCUGAUCCCCAAGGAAACCGCGUCGCGUUUGUCAAUCUGGACGCCUGUAUGGCCUCUCAGAUCGUCACAAUCAAAGUUCUCGAGCGUCUCAAAGCAAGAUAUGGUUAUCUGUACACAGAGAAGAACGUGGCAAUAAGUGGGAUUCACACACACGCUGGACCAGGAGGAUAUCUUCAAUACGUCACAUAUAUUGUGACGUCUCUUGGAUUCGUUCGUCAAUCUUUUGACGUCCUCGUUGAUGGCAUUGAGGAAAGCAUCAUCCAAGCUCACGAUAGCCUCCGUCCUGGUUCUGUUUUCGUCAACAAAGGGGAUCUGUUGGAUGCUGGUGUGAAUCGAAGCCCUAGUUCUUAUCUCAACAAUCCAUCAGCAGAGAGGAGUAAAUAUAAGUACGACGUGGACAAAGAAAUGACGCUUCUCAAGUUUGUUGACUCUCAGUCUGGUCCCAUAGGAAGCUUUAACUGGUUUGCGACACAUGGGACUUCCAUGAGCAGGACUAACUCUUUGAUUAGUGGAGACAACAAAGGCGCAGCAGCACGUUUCAUGGAGGACUGGUUUGAGAAUGGACAGAAGAAUGUCCCUCGGCGAGUAUCAACCAUUGUUUCUCAAUCUGACCUUAGCAGAAACCAGAGUAGACUUUUGGAUGUUGCAGCGAGGUUUAAGUCAUCUAGAGGAAAGAAUGUGUCUAAGUCUCUUGAAUCUAAAGUCCGAGUGAGGAAUGUUUCUAAGCGUAAGUUUGUCUCUGCCUUCUGUCAAUCAAAUUGUGGUGACGUGAGUCCGAAUACUCUCGGUACGUUUUGCAACGACACUGGACUGCCUUGUGAUUUCAAUCACAGUACUUGCAAUGGAAAGAACGAGCUGUGCUAUGGCCGUGGACCAGGGUAUCCUGAUGAGUUUGAGAGUACACGUAUCAUUGGAGAAAAGCAAUAUAAGAUGGCAGUGGGACUUUUUAACAAAGCUACAGAGAAGCUAGUGGGGAAAGUUGGUUACCAGCAUGCAUAUGUGGAUUUCUCGAAUCUUCCAGUCAUGGUUCCUAAAGCAGGAGGAGGAUCUGAGACGGUGAGGACGUGUCCAGCUGCAAUGGGGUUUGGUUUUGCUGCUGGCACAACUGAUGGUCCUGGUGCUUUUGAUUUCAAACAAGGCGAUGAUAAGGGUAAUACGUUUUGGAAACUGGUGAGGAACGUGUUGAAGACGCCAGGCCCGGAACAAGUCGAAUGCCAAAAGCCAAAACCGAUUUUACUUGACACUGGUGAGAUGAAGACACCUUAUGACUGGGCGCCAUCGAUUCUUCCGGUUCAGAUACUUCGCAUUGGUCAAUUAGUCAUCCUGAGUGUCCCAGGAGAGUUCACGACGAUGGCGGGAAGGCGGCUCCGAGACGCAGUGAAGUCAUAUCUAAUCUCUUUGGACAGCAAAGAGUUUGGCAACAACCUCCAUGUCGUAAUCGCAGGUCUCACCAACACUUAUUCUCAGUACAUCGCCACUUUCGAAGAGUACGAGAUCCAACGAUACGAGGGAGCUUCAACGCUAUACGGUCCACACACACUCACUGCAUAUAUACAAGAAUUCAAGAAACUAGCGACAGCUUUGGUCAACGGUCAAACGCUACCGAGUGGGCCCCAACCUCCCGACCUACUAAGCAAACAGAUCAGUUUACUUUCCCCUGUGAUCGUUGACUCCACUCCUAUAGGAGUCAGCUUCGGAGACGUCAAAGCCGACGUGCCUGAGAAGUCAACGUUUAGGAGAGGCCAGCAAGUCAACGCGACGUUUUGGUCGGGAUGUCCACGGAACGACCUGAUGACGGAGGGAUCUUUCGCUGUGGUGGAGAGGUUGCGUGACGGAGGGGAUUGGGUCCCAGUGUACGACGACGAUGACUUCUGUCUCAAGUUUAAGUGGUCGAGACAGACCAAGUUUAGCCCGGAGAGCCAAGCCACCGUGGAGUGGAAGGUACCUGAAUCUGCAGUUCCCGGAGUUUACAGAUUAAGACAUUACGGGGCUUCUAAGUCGCUGUUUGGUUCGGUUAGUAGCUUCUCUGGCACUUCUAGCGCCUUUGUAAUUGUAUAA